UUGCUGGGGAGGAGGAUAGGGACGGCUACGAGGGGGCUUUGCUGUUUCCCUCUCGCCGAUUCUAAGGCGAAAUCGUGCGCGACGGGGGUGAUCGACGCAAAAAAAAAAAAAAAAUUCUAGGGUUUAUAUCGUCACCAAAUGAGGGAGGAGAUCUUCUGCGGCGGAGGCGCGGGCUCGUCCGCGUCCUCCACCGUGGUCGCGCCCGCCUCGCGCUCGGCGCGGCGGCGCCGCAUGGAGAUCCGGCAGGUCAAGCUCGUCGCCGGAUCCGACGACGUGGAGAAGGAGGAGGCGGCGCCGCCCGAGCAGGAGGAUGACACGGGCGGUGGAGGGAAGCGGCGGAGGGUCGAGCCCUCCUGCGCCGCCGCGGAGGGUGUAGGAGCCGGGUCGAGCUCGACUCCGGAUGCGAGCUCGGAUUCGGAGCGCCCGCGGGGGAGAUUGGCGGGAUCGGAUCGGUGCCCGAGGUACGGGAUGACCUCGGUUUGCGGGCGGAGGAGGGAGAUGGAGGACGCCGUCUCCGUACGGCCCGAUUUCCUCGGGCGAGGCGCUCAGGUCGCGGGGAAGCAUCACUUCUUUGGAGUCUUCGACGGCCAUGGAUGCUCUCAUGUGGCGAUGUCGUGCAAGAGCCGCAUGCACGAGCUGGUGGCGGAGGAGAUGGAGAGGGCGAGAGGGGACGAUGCGGCGGCGCCGCCUCCGCCGCCGCAGCCGCAGGAGGGGGAGGAGGAGAUGUGGAGGGGGGCGAUGGAGAGGAGCUUCUCGCGGAUGGACGCAGAGGCCACGAACUGGAGCGGCGGCGGCGGCGGCGGCGGCGAUGGGCCGCGGAGCGGCGCGCUGUGCCGGUGCGAGCAGCUGACGCCAAUGAGGUGCGACCUGGUGGGGUCCACCGCCGUCGCGGCCGUGGUGGGCCCCGCCCGGAUCGUCGUGGCCAAUUGCGGCGACUCCCGCGCCGUGCUCUCGCGCGACGGCGUCGCCAUCCCCCUCUCCUCCGAUCACAAGCCCGACCGGCCGGACGAGCUGCAGCGGAUCGAGGCGGCGGGCGGGCGGGUCAUCGACUGGGACGGCCCGAGAGUGAACGCCAUCCUCGCCAUGUCCAGAGCCAUUGGGGAUAGUUUUCUGAAGCCGUACGUGAUAUCAGAGCCAGAGGUGACGGUGACGGAGAGGGAGGAGGGGGAUGAGUGCCUAAUACUGGCGAGCGACGGGCUGUGGGACGUCGUCACCAACGAGAUGGCGUGCAGCGUGGCACGAAUGUGCCUACGCGGAGCCGCCUCCACUUCCCAGGUGGGUGUCCGCGCAGAUGGGGCAGAGGGGGACAAGGUGUGUUCCGACGCAGCAAUGCUGCUGACGAAGCUGGCACUGGCGCGGCGUAGCGCGGACAAUGUCAGCGUUGUUGUGGUCGAUCUCAAAAGAUAUUCCUAAGGCUUCAUUUGGCAUUAAGGUACAUCCGGUGCAUCUAUCGACAAGGAUGUGGUCGUAUGUUUCUUCCUUUCCGAUGCACCAAAGAUAUAAUAUCGUAACCAAUUUGGGGCGAUUGGCACACAAAAAAUGGAACAUCUUCCCAAAACAAA